AUGAGAACAAGGAGUGUUAAGCGUGAGAGGGUUGAGGUUGAGAUUGAAGACGGUGAAGUAUCGAAAUACUUCCAAAAGGACGAAAAAGACGAAAAAGACGAAAAAGACGUCAAAAAAGUCCGAUCUUCACCCGCAAGAGAAGUCAUAGACGUUCAGAUGGUCAAAAAGAUGAAGUCAGAUACAUACUACGAUUGGGUAGACGCAAGAACGAAGGACGAAAUCACGUAUGCGCCGUUGGAUGACCAGCUAAAUUUCCCAGCAAAUUUCAUUCCGAUCUACCAGAAAGUGCGACUCAUGCGUUCAAAAAUAACAACUCCAGUGGACUCAGUUGGGUGCGCUAUGAUACCGCUAACGGUGGGGCGUGAAUUUGGCAAAACGAAGGAGACCAUGGCCCCAAGGACUUACCGAUUUCAGUUGCUCAUCGCACUCAUGCUGUCGUCACAAACCAAAGAUGAAGUCAAUGCCAAGGCCAUGUUUAACUUGAUGGAGCAUUGUAAAGAUGUUCUGAAAGAUCCGCAGGGUGUCACUUUAGAAUCCAUGUCUCUAAUAGAGCAAAACACGAUUGCCGAGCUCAUAUACCCGGUCAGUUUUUAUACUAGAAAGGCACUUUAUAUCACGAAAACUCUGAAGCUUUUACAAGACAAUUUCGGGGGUGAUAUACCUCCAGAUAUAACUGGACUCUGUUCGUUGCCUGGAGUUGGUCCCAAGAUGGGCUAUCUUGCUCUUCAGAAGGCCUGGGGCAAAGUUGACGGCAUCGGAGUUGAUGUCCAUGUGGACAGACUAUGUAAAAUGUGGAAAUGGGUCGAUCCGCAUAAAGCGAAGACUCCAGAACAUACCCGCAAACUUCUCGAAGAAUGGCUGCCCUAUGACCUUUGGUAUGAAAUCAAUCCCGUAUUGGUAGGAUUCGGCCAGGUGAUUUGCCUGCCCAGAGGCAAAAGGUGCGACCUGUGCAUGGCUAAUGACGUUUGUAAUGCAGUGGAUCGAAAGCUGUUAAAAUCCGAGAAAAACCGCACAGACAUUCGCAAAAGUCGUGGUAAUGUUACACAGUGGAUGAAGUAUCUCGAAGACGCUACCGACGCUAAAGAAACGAUCGAUAAAAAUGGUAACCUUGAAGUGGCACUGGAUGAAAACAAAACUAGACUCACCGAUGACCAGGAGGAUAAGAAAUUACAAUCAUGA